UGUUUGUUUUUCAAAGCAGUACAGUAAACGCUGAUGCUAACGUAAGUAAGCACGCGUGUUUACGUCCUUCUUUAACUAAUCGAUUCUGCCUGCCAUGUGACUGCAUAACCCGCUCACAUGAGCGCCGAGUUGCAUUAUCCGCUUUAAGUUUUUUAAAGUCCUCUGAUCCAGCUCGCAGCUGAGACUGACAGGAGUUGCCAUGGCGAGUGGCUGCGAGCAGAAAGUGGUGCUGAUCACCGGCUGCUCCUCUGGGAUCGGACUGCGGAUCGCCGUGCUGCUGGCCAGAGACGAACAGAAGCGUUACCAUGUUAUUGCCACUAUGAGAGACCUGAAAAAGAAGGACCGGCUGGUGGAAGCAGCGGGUGACGCGUACGGCAAGACCUUGACACUGCUGCCGUUGGAUGUGUGCAGUGAUGACUCAGUCAGGCAGUGUAUUGACAGUGUAAAGGACCGCCACAUCGACGUUCUCAUUAAUAAUGCAGGCGUGGGUUUGCUGGGCCCUGUGGAGAGCAUCAGUAUGGAUGAGAUGAAGAAAGUGUUUGAGACCAACUUCUUCGGAACUGUGCGCAUGAUAAAAGAGGUCAUGCCAGACAUGAAGAAGAGGCGAGCUGGCCACAUUAUCGUCAUGAGCAGCGUAAUGGGCCUGCAGGGUGUGGUAUUCAAUGAUGUCUACACGGCCUCUAAGUUCGCCAUCGAGGGCUUCUGUGAGAGUAUGGCUGUGCAGCUGCUGAAGUUUAAUGUGAAACUGUCUAUGAUCGAACCAGGCCCAGUGCAUACAGAGUUUGAAACAAAGAUGAUGCAAGAAGUAGCCAAGAUGGAAUAUCCUGGAGCAGAUGCAGACACAGUCAGAUACUUCAAGGAUGUAUACAUUCCAUCGUCCAUUGAUAUCUUUGAGGCAUUGGGACAAACCCCAGAGGACAUCGCUAAAUGCACCAAGAAAGUGAUUGAAUCCAGCCAACCUCGAUUCCGGAAUCUGACCAACAGCCUCUACACGCCCAUUGUGGCCAUGAAAUACGCGGAUGAGACCGGAGGACUUUCAGUGCACACCUUCUACAACCUUCUCUUUAACUUUGGCUCGCUUAUGCACAUUACCAUGAGCAUCCUCAAAUGCCUGACAUGCAACUGUCUGCGCAGACGCACCAUUUCUCCUGACUGAAGAGGGCAGCAGUGAGACGCACACACUCACACUUCCCUCAGUUUACAGCAGAAUAGGACACAAUUCAAUGCAACAAACAGAAUACAAUACCUCAAAGGAGUAUUCCACAUUAAAACACAUUAUAAAAAGAGGCAGAUUUGGAUUUUCCAACAAAAAAAGAAACAUGUACAUGUAUCAUUGUAUUAAUGCUAACACCUCUAUUCAUCAGAACAACUCAGUUACUGUAAAGCACAUAAUGUUUUAAAAGAGUAGGUUGGUUAAGUUAUUAUCGUGAUUGUGAAUUACGCAGCAUCUGUGUCUACAAAAAAAAAAAAGAAAUUGCUACAUGGAAUCAAACAGUACACUAGUACACAAAGGUAAUCGUGAAGCUUAUGAUGUUCAUAUUCAAGUGAAAAAUAAUCACAUAGCUGCCUUUAUUUGUACUAAUGACGUACAUGGAGAUGGUUUUAUCUGUUUAAAAUCUAUUUUGCUCCUUUUAUUAGCCAAGUCUAUGUUUUUUAUUUGAAUUAACUUGAACAUUUAGGCGGUCUUAAAGCUUUAUUUAAAGAUGUGCUGAUUUUGAACCUAAAUAACAAUGCAAUGUGAUCAUUUUGCUCAAGCCUGGAAGCGUAUUACAGUUUUUCUCAAUUGAUUUGACACACAAGAUAUAUCAGGAAAAACCAAUUGCAGCUCUUUUUAUUUAUUUUUCAAAAAUCACAAUCAUUUGUGCACCAUUUUUACAACCACAACAAACAAAACUGCUAUUUGUUAAAUUCUCAGUUGUACUUGUAAUGUUCUCAAUGAUCUUGAAGGGGAAAAGAAAAACAACAACAACAAAAAGAAGAAUGGGAAAAGGAAGAGGUGUAAGAGUGAGAGGUUUUGGAGAGGUAGAGGAAGGGUAAUACUGGGAGGGAGAGGAACAGUGGAAGAGGUAGAAAGAGAUGAGGGGAAAGGAAUCGAUGGUAUUGGAAGAUGAGAUGGAGCAAGAAGAGCUGAGGAUGUUGGAGAAGCAAGAAGAGUUGAGGAUGUUGGAGAAGCAAGAAGAGUUGAGGAUGUAGGAAGAGGAGAAGAGGGAGGUGUAGAGUGGGUAGAGUGGAGGUUAAUGGUAUCAGUGGAAAGAGCAAGAGAAGAAAAUAUAAGAAGACAUGGACAGAGGGAAAGGGGAAAGCAAGGUGUAAGAGGAGGUAGGAGAGGUAGAAGGAUAGGGUAUAGACAGUUUUCAAAUGAAAUCAGAGCCAACCUAAUUGACCAUGUCAUAAAUUAUGGUCUUUCCUUGAGCUGGACAGAGAGUUCAGUCCAAUAUAAACAUUGUGCCACGGUCAAUGUCCCUGGACGACAAGUGCUUCAAUCCACUGAUGGUGUGGCACACAACACAGAAACGCUUCUAAAUAUUUAAAGCUCCCUCAAUGAAAUCCUCUUUCCACAGGGUGAUCAGGAGCAAAUUGAGCGAAAUUGUGUAGUUUUUUUGAGACAAUGUCCAAUUUCACCAUUCAGCAUUGGUGCAAGAGGGGUUUGAGCAUCACCCACAUUUCAGAAUGGUGUUCCUUCCAGCAUGUUCUCCUCUUGGAGAUGGAAACUAUAUGAUCACAAUCCUUACAACUAAAUAAGUCUUCCUCAAGCAAUGGAAGAGGCCUGUGGAGAAGUUGAGGCACAAGGAAGGAUCCAGCAUUUACAGCUUUUUCCCACGAUGCAUGACCUUGUGAAAAUAAAUGCUGCCUGUGAUGAUAAUGGUUCUUUGACCAGAUGUAAAUAAGAGGCAAGAUCUAUAAAGUUCACUGAUUCAAUGAUUGCAGUACAUUUAUUUAUUUACGUUUAUAUGUUAUUAUUUUAGUUUUUUUGUUUUGUUUUGGGGUUUUUUGGGUUUUUUUUUUUUUUUUUUUUU